AUGACUAUUAACAAGAGUUUCAGCAGGUGCUUUCUAGAGUCAAACUCAAGUAGUGCUCCUGCGAUUUGUGCAAUUACUGGUACUGGCGGAAUGGGGAAGACUCAAACCGCUCUCGAGUACGCCUACGCUAGUCGAGAGAGACACCACCUCACCUCCGUUUUCUGGAUAUCAGCUGCGACUGUGGAAAAUAUUCAAACAUCGUUCGUAAAUAUUAUGCAGCGUAUCGUUGAGGAGCAAGCCCGUGUAUCCUGGCCCGAAUCCCCUCCUGAUUACAAAGCUAUAGCCCAUAGUCUUGGUAUUCCUGGGCUUGUGGAUAAAAGCGGCAGGGUCAGCUUCGAUCCAGAAAUCAUCGAUAGUAUCCGAUUCGCUUUAUUCAACUGGCUCAACCUUCCAGGAAAUAGCAAGUGGUUACUAAUAUUCGACAACGUAGAUGAUCUGACCGUUGGGAUUAGGGAUUAUUUCCCAACUCACGGUGGUGGUGGAGUUCUUGUGACUAGUCGUCGACGAGAAUUCUCGCAAUUUGCCGAACAGAUUGUCUUGAAUGGGUUGGAUAAGGAGAGUUCGACAAAUCUCUUACUACAACUAGCGCGGUUGAAACAACCUACAGAAAAUGACAAAAGGCAAGCCGCAGCGGUAGUCGAAAAAUUGGGCUAUAUGCCUCUUGCAAUAAGCCAUGCGGGUUGUUUCAUUCAUAUAAUGAAUAUUGCUGUCGAUGAGUACCCAAGAUACUACGAAAGAGCUUUCAAAAUAGCCCAGUCUCAAGUACCAGAUCUCGGAUGGGCUUAUGGAAACGAGACAGCUGUGACAGCAUGGGAAGUGUCUUUUCUAGCUGUUCAACAGCAGGAUGCGGAAGCAGCAUCACUGUUACUUAGUUGCUCUUAUUUAGACCGAAACGAAAUCUUCGAGCGUCUUUGGGAGGAUGGGGAAUCGACAGAUGUGGCGGCUCAACUCGAACAGAAGAAAAAAUUUUCGCUCCUUGCUUCCUACUCUUUGAUCGACAGAAACUACCCAGGCACUUUUUCAAUUCACCCCGUUGUGCACGAGUGGGCACGUGAACGAGUGAAUGGUGAAGAACGUUUCCAGUAUAUACGAGGUGCCUUAAGACUUUUGAGAAGACCUAUUCUUCAAAAACAGACAUUGCAGUCACAGGGCAGAUGGGACCCAGGAGAAGAGAGAAGGAUCAUGUCACACGCGAUGGUCCUCUGUGGAUACUUAGAUACCGGGUUCAUCCAGCACGAGCUAAAGAACCAACAACCAGACACAAUUGGUGCCAUCAACAGCGUUGCGUCCGUCUUCUAUAAUCAAAGUAGGUAUGAGGAGGCGCUUUUGCAAUUCCAAAAAGUAUUCAACUGGCAAAAACGAGUUUUGGGCGAAAAUAGUCCGGAAACACUUGCUACCGCCCGUGUUAUGGCAUCAAUCCUUGACCAUCAAGGUAAACAUAAUGAGGCACUUGAACAAUAUCAAAGGAUGUUGGCGGCUAGAAAGGCGUUGAACGGGCAACAAUUCGGUUAUGAUAUAGUUAGUGAUGAAGACCCGGCGGCACUCGAUUUGAUCCACGACAUGGCAACAUCCCUUUACAACCUUGGAAGAUACAGCGAAGCCCUCAAGUACUACCAAGAGGCUUUGGUUGGAAAGCAAAAGGUUUUGGGCAAAUAUCAUUCAUCGACUCUUAGAACUUUAAACAACAUGGCAGCCAUCCUGAGUGAGCAGGGCCGGAUCGAUGAAGCUAUGGAUCAAUAUCAAAAGAUUCUUGUUUACCAAGAGAAUAGUCCGCAUAGAGAUGAACGAUCUAUCCUCGGUACGACCAAUAGUAUAGCGGCGUUGUUAAACAAACAAGGCAGGUUCGAGGAGGCUCUCGAGUAUCACCAAAAGGCCUUGGCUGGUAUGGAGAAGGUUUUGGAUCCGAACCACACGUCCAUCUUUUCCACAACCCGCGACAUAGCAUCGGUGCUAAGUAACCUAGGCAAAGAUACCGAAGCUUUGGAAUGGUACUAUAAAGCCUUGAACGGGUUCGAAAGAGUCUUAGGGCCAACCCACCCAAAGACUCUUACUGUGACGGGUCAAAUAGCGACGGUCUUUCAAGGCCAGGGCCUAUACGGCGAAGCCCUUAAGCUAUAUAAAAGGACACUGAUAACCCAGGAACAAUUUUUAGGACUGGAGCAUCCAUCAACUCUUAAAACUAUCCAUGAUAUUGGGUCAGUGCUCAGAUGCCAACAGAAGUAUGAUGAAGCUCUUGAGCAGUAUCAAAUAGCCUUAAAGGGUAGAGAGGAGCUCCUUGGUGGAGACCACCCGGACACACUUGUCUCGAUCUACUGGACUGGGCUGGUUUUACUCGAUCAGAAGAAAUAUGACGAGUCCAUCCCGUUAUUCUACAGAGCUCUAGCUGGCUUCGAGGCUUUAGGUCAAAACCACUCGGCGACAUCAAUAGGGGCAGCGGAUGUUAUGGAACGAAUAGCUUUGGUCUUUGUCAACCAAGGAAAAUAUAAAGAGGCUCUAAAAUGGUGCACUAGGUCUUUAGAAACCCGCGAGAAGACGCUAGGUAAGGACCAUCCGGUAACUAUCACAGCUGCUAAAACCGUAGCCAAUUGCAAGAAAACUGUUUUCUACCAGAAGGGUUGUAUUAUCACAUGA